AUGUGCUUGUUUGGUAAAGCUUACCAAGCAAAACGUCUUGUAGGCACUAUGGCAACCGUGUUGGAUGGUCUCGUUUCGAGCGCAUUGCAUAAGUUGGCUAAGCUUGUCGAGGAUGAGGUUAUGAUGACACUAUGUGUGGGAAGGGAUAUCAAGAAGCUGCAGCACAACCUGGAAGCCUUCAGGGCAGUUCGGCAGGAUGCCGAAGCAAUGGCCAUGAGAGACAAAAGGGUCAGAUUAUGGUGGAAGCGUGUCAGUGAUGUUAUGUUCAAUGUUGAUGAUGUCAUAGAUCUCUUUAUGGCUAAUUCAUACAUGCGACCAAGAGCAUUGCCAUGUAGUUCCAUGUUCUCUUGUUUUGCAAAGCUUUUACUUGAUCACAGGGUUGCUACAAGAAUCAAGGACAUAAACACAGAGCUUGGUGAGAUUAGAGGAGCAUCAGAGAUGUAUAACAAUGUCGGGCACAUAUCUCAACAGACCCAGAUAACAGCUGUGGAUACAAGCCACACAAUUCCUAUAGUUGGACCAGGGAUUGUUGGAACAGGUAUCACACGUGAUGUUGAUUCCAUGGUACAAGCUAUUGCCAGUAGGUGCCCCAAUAAUGAUCCAAGUGUUUUCGGCAUUGAAGGGAUGGGAGGCAUCGGCAAGACAACAUUAGCAAAGAAGAUAUAUUGGGAGGAGUGGAUAAGGAAAGAAUUCCAGAUCCAUAUAUGGUUAGGCAUUUCUGAGACCUAUGACAUGACUGGAUUGCUAAAGCAGGCAAUAAGAAUGGCUGGAGGAAACUGUGAUCAGAGAGAGACUGAGGCGGAGCUUCUGCUAUGUCUAAAAGACACUAUCCAAGGAAAGAGUGUUUUUCUUGUAUUGGAUAAUGUGUUUAGAGCUGAUGUUUGGAUCAGGCGUCUUCAGUUAGCUUUCGAGGGAGCCUUGAAUAAUGUCUGCGUCCUUGUCACCACAAGAAGCCAUGAUGUUUUGCUAGCAAUGGGUACAACACAUAUCCACUCCGUAAGCAGAAUGAGUGAGGAUGAUGGCCUGAUGCUGCUUAUGAAGAAUUCCUUCCAAUGGCCCGGUAGGCCCGGUAGGACAUUCCAGGAGUUGGGGCGUCAAAUUGUAAGAAGAUGUGAUGGGCUUCCUCUUGCAAUCAAGGCUGUUGCAGGUACCCUGUCUACCAGAAAAACAGAGGACGAAUGGAAGAAGAUCCGAGAUUGCCAGUGGUCUAUUGAGGGGCUCCCCGAGGGAGUAGGAGGUGCACUGUAUGUAAGUUACAGAAACCUGGCCGAUGAACUGAAGCAGUGCUUUCUCUGGUGUGCUUUGUUGCCUCAAAGUUUUGAGAUAAGGCGUGAUGCUGUCGCUUACUGGUGGGUUGCCGAAGGUUUUGUGAGGAAAGAGCAUGGGUGCUCGGUACAUCAGACUGCUGAAGGGUACUACUAUGAACUAGUUAGGAGGAAUCUUCUGCAGCCAACAAUGGAUUCCGUGGACCUAGCUGUGUCAACUAUGCAUGAUGUAUUGAGGUCACUUGGGCAACAUCUGACAAAGGAUCACUCCUUAUUCAUGAAUGUGCAAGAAGAUUACUCCAGAUUUAUGGAUGUGGAAAAUAACGGCGCCGUACCAAAAUUACGUCGCUUGGGGAUCAGCAGUGCCAUAGAAGAAUUACCCGCUAUAGAAGAGCACAAGUCCUUGAGGACCCUCCUAAUUUUCGAUAACAAGAAGUUCAGCUCUUUUCAUAAUGACACUUUCAAAAAGCUCCAGCAUGUCCGUGUAUUGGUUCUCCGUGGAACAAGCAUCGAAAACAUACCAGAGUCACUCGGGAACAUGGUGCUACUCAGGUUGCUAGACCUGAGCUAUACGGAAAUUGAAAAACUUCCAGAGUCCAUAGGGAACCUCAUCAGCCUUGAAUACCUCCGUUUGCUUGGUUGCCCCAAGUUGCAUAGCUUACCUCAUGGUUUGAUGCGGCUGUCAAACAUAAGCUUUCUUGAGCUAGACCAGCUUGCACUUCAUGAUAUUCCAAAAGGGAUUGCAAGGUUUAAGCAUCUCUACAACCUUAGAGGUGUUUUUGAGACCAAGACAGGGUUCAGAUUGGAUGAAUUGCAAGACCUCCCCAAUAUCCAACGUCUGUGGGUUGAUAAGCUUGAGAAAGCUACACCAGAGGGUGAACUUGUACUGAAGAACAGCAGUAAUCUCAGAGAACUAGGACUCCAAUGCACUAGUACUCGAUAUGAAGCCAAUGAGCUUGAGAGAAUCCAGCAAGUGUAUGAUCGGCUUAUUCCAUCACCAAGCCUGGUAUAUCUUUUCUUUGUUGCAUUCCCGUGCACAAUGUUCCCAAAGUGGUUACGUACGGAACCGGAGCUUAAUAUGCCAAUUUUACACAUACUGCACCUCAACGAGAGCAUACCAUGCACAGAUCUUCCACCAGCAGGCCAGAUACCAGAAUUGCUAGAGCUUAAGAUUCAAGGUGCUGAUGAAGUUGUGUCUAUUGGCACAGACCUCCUGGGGAAAGGUGUCCCAAGUGCAGCGGCUUUUUUCCCCAAGCUCGAACUGCUACUAAUCAUUCGCAUGUACAAUUUGGAAAAAUGGUACCUCAACCCAAGAGAUCAACAGCUCUCUCUGAUGCCUUGCCUCCAGCGGCUGCUGCUUCUUGAUUGCCCCAAACUGACUGCUCUCCCUCCAGACUUGUCCAAGAUGGUUAGCCUGAAGAGAAUCCACAUUGAAGGUGCUCAUGAGCUGAAAGAAGUUGUCAACCUUCCUGCAGUUGCGUGGCUCAAGCUGAAGAACAACAAAAGUUUAACGACCAUCUCCAAUCUCUGUAAGCUGCAGGACCUAUUUGCGCAGGACUGCCCAAUGCUGGAUCGGGCAGAGAACCUGUGCUUGCUGAAACACGUGUACAUGAUAGACUGCCCGCACGCCCUAGAAUUCAGGAAUUGUCUACCGGGAGAUGGCGUCCUAUUCCAUGUUGCAACAGAUGGCCACAAUAUCUUCCCGGAUGAAGCUCUAUAA